AUGAAGCUGAACAAUCUCGCCCUCUCCGUGGCCGGCGCGGCCUUGACUCUCGCCCUGGAAGCGCACGCAGACACUGUCCAGGGAUUCGACAUCUCGAACCACCAGGGUUCCGUUGACUUUGCGGCGGCGUAUAACGCGGGUGCGCGUUUCGUGAUGAUCAAGUCCAGUGAAGGUACUUCAUACAGCGACCCAUCGUUCAGCUCCCAUUACACCGGCGCCACCGACGCCGGCUUCAUUCGUGGCGGAUACCAUUUCGCCCUUCCGGACGCCUCCUCGGCCGCCGACCAGGUCAGCUACUUCAUCUCCCACGGCGGCGGCUGGUCCAAAGAUGGCAUCACUCUCCCGGGCAUGCUGGACAUCGAAUACAACCCCUACGGCGAUACGUGCUACGGGCUCAGCGCGUCCGACAUGGUCGCCUGGAUCCAGGAGUUUGUGGAUGAAUACCACAGCGCCACCGGCGUCUAUCCCAUGCUGUACACCACGGCCGACUGGUGGAGCACCUGCACCGGGAAUGCCAGCGGCUUCGGCGACAAGUGCCCCCUGGUUCUGGCGGCGUAUAGCAGCUCCGCUCCUUCGACGAUUCCCGGCGACUGGGCGACAUAUACCAUGUGGCAGAACUCGGAUAGCUAUGAGUAUGGCGGGGACUCGGAUAUUUUCAACGGUCCGUUUGAGUCGUUGCAGAAGAUUGCCAAUGCGGCGUAA